CAAAACCUCAGCCUCUCCGGAAGAGGAAUAGAAACCUCUCCCCAACACACACACCCAUGGCAGCACCUACAGCAGCAACUACAACGACUCCAGCAUCCUUACAUUCCAAUUUCCCAAAAUACCCCUUCCUCUCCCCACCACCUCUGAAACUCCAAACCACCACCACCAGAUUUACAAUCCUCUGCCACUCCACCAAAUCCCCUCCAAAACCCCCUCCAAACCUAUCAUCAUCAGAUCCUAACCGUCCAUCAUCAAAUUCCACCCUCUCUGACCAGCUCAAACCCCUCUCUCAAACCAUCCUUCCCUCCACCCCACCUUCUCCCAGCCUCACCUCCAAGCCCAUCUCCACAUGGGCCAACCCCACCAAGCCCAAGCCCACGUCACUCUCUCUCCAACGUCACAGGCGCUCUCCAUACUCCCAUAACCCCCACCUCAAGGACCUCAAGCUCUUCUCUCACAAGCUCAACGACCCAGAUCUCUCCCCCCAAGAUUUCACAUCCACCCUCCAUUCCCUUCCCCACCCACCCACCAGAGAAAACGCCCUCCUCAUCCUCAAUUCCCUCAGACCAUGGCCCAAGACCCUCCUUUUCCUCGAUUGGAUCAAGACCCAGAACCUCUUUCCGCUUGAAACAAUCUUCUACAAUGUCGCCAUGAAGUCCCUGCGGCAUGGGAAGCAGUAUCAGCUCGUUGAAGACCUGGCAAACGAGAUGGCCCAGCAAGGCAUUGAAUUGGACAACAUUACCUAUUCCACGAUCAUCACCUGCGCCAAGAGGUGCGGCCUCUUCGACAAGGCGAUCGAAUGGUUUGAGAAGAUGUACAGGACGGGCCUCGUGCCAGACGAGGUCACUUACUCCACUGUCUUGGAUGUUUAUGCCAGGAUGGGGAAGGUGGAGGAAGUGUUGAGCUUGUAUGAGAGGGGGCGGGCUGGCGGGUGGAAGCCGGACCCUGUUGCAUUCGCCGUCCUGGGGAGGAUGUUCGGGGAGGCCGCCGAUUAUGAUGGGAUCCAGUAUGUUUUGCAAGAGAUGAAGGCAGUUGGCGUGGAGCCCAAUUUGGUUGUAUACAAUACCUUGUUGGAGGCAAUGGGCAAGGCUGGGAAGCCUGGUUUGGCUAGGAGUCUUUUCGAGGAGAUGGUUGUGGCCGGGGUGACGCCGAAUGAGAAGACGCUAACCGCUCUAGUUAAGAUUUAUGGUAAGGCGAGGUGGGGUCGCGAUGCUCUGCAGCUUUGGGAGCAGAUGAGGUUGAAGCGGUGGCCAAUGGAUUUCAUUCUGUAUAACACGCUGUUGAGCAUGUGCGCAGAUCUUGGGUUGGAGGAGGAGGCAGAACAGCUUUUCGAGGAUAUGAAGGGGUCGAAGCAGUGUCGGCCCGACAGUUGGAGCUACACGGCAAUGCUUAAUAUAUAUGGCAGCGGGGGGAAGGUCGAUGAGGCAAUGAGGCUGUUUGAGGAGAUGGCGGAGAGUGGCGUGAAGCUCAAUGUGAUGGGUUGCACCUGUUUGAUCCAGUGUCUGGGGCGAGCCAGGCAGAUCGACGAUGUGGUGAGGGUGUUUGGGAUUUCAAUGGAGAGAGGAGUGGAGCCUGAUGACCGGCUCUGUGGGUGUUUGUUAUCGGUAGUAACUUUUUGUGAGGACAGCGAGGUGGGCAAGGUUCUCAACUGUUUGGAGAGGGCUAAUCCCAGGUUGGUUGAGUUUGUUAAAAUGCUAGGGCGAGAGGAAGUUGGCUUCAAUGAAAUUAAAGAGGAGUUCAGAGGCUUACUCAACGACGCUGCAGUUGAAGCGCGGAGACCAUUCUGCAAUUGCUUGAUUGAUAUAUGCCGAAACCAGAAUCGUCCUGAGCGGGCCCAUGAGCUGCUCUACUUGGGCACUCUCUAUGGCCUGUAUCCUGGUUUGCACAACAAGAAUGUCAAUGAAUGGGCAUUGAAUGUGAGAUCACUGUCGGUGGGUGCAGCUCAUACGGCGUUCCAAGAGUGGAUGAGGAGUCUCUCUAAAGCUGUGGAGCGCAAGGAGGAGCUGCCCAAGUUGUUUUCCGUUCAUGCCGGUGCCGGAACUCACAAGUUCUCUCAGGGACUGGCGAGCGCUGUCGCUUCGCAUUUGAAGAAGGUGGCAGCACCAUUUCGGCAGGAUGAAGAGAGGCCUGGUAGUUUCUUUGCUGCCCAAGAAGAUUUGAUCUCAUGGGUGCAAUCUGGAGGUGCAUCUGCUUCUAUGACGGCAUAGAAGGUCGAACUGAAAAGAAUUACCAAAUUCCCAAUCAGUGCUUAAGAGUUCUGAGUUGUCUGUUUUUUGUCCAGCCUUUUAAUGUUUUUUUCUCUCAAGUAAAUUGCAAGUUUGAAAUUUA